AUGAAGUCGCUCCUAUUUUGUCUCGUCUUUGUCCAGUUUACCCUCCAAUCAUACACGCAGAAUUAUUGUGAUCAAAGACCAAAUGGAGGAAUAUUGCUAUGCUGCAAAGGGUAUAACAGUUUGUGCUAUAGUAAAACAGGAAGUUGCUACUGUGACGAAUAUUGCCUCACAGCUAAAGAUUGCUGCCCGGAUUUUAAUCAAUGUCCCUAUCGAGGAAAUUUUACAACAGUCGCAACAUAUACACAUUCAACAACAGAAAAGUUGACUACAACGCCAGCAGAAAUUUCAAGCACAGUCGCACAGCCUACUCUAUCACUAACAGAAAAUGUGACUACAAUUACGCCAUCAGAAAUUUCAAGCACAGUCGCACAACCUAUUCUAUCACCAACAGGAAAUGUGACUACAACGCCAUCAGGUACAAAGCUGCCACAGCAAUGUACGUAUCAUCCAGGAACAAAUAUUCCGCUUUGCCCAGACGCCAUUCCCGUCGUCGACAAAAUCGUUGCGAAUCCAAACAAUGAUGGUAAAGAAAACGUUCAGUUAAAUUGUAGUUGGGUGUACAAUGGGAAUUCCUCUCUUGUCGAGUUUAAAGUACGCUGGAUUGGUGAUAAAAAUGAUCCCGAGCGCCGCAUUGAACGUGAUUUUGACGGCAUGAGUAAAAGAGAGUUUUUCUACGAUUUCGAGCUUUCUGACGGAAUGGGUGGUUUUAUUGAACAUGGGAAACAGCCCUCACCACAAUGGUAUAAAUUCAAUACGGAGGUUUACUGUGAGAUUCAAGCAAGAUAUAAAGGAACAGCUGCUAAAUGGUCAGGAUGGAAACAAAGUAACACAAUUUUUACAGGAAUUUCAGUAUUUCCACAACAUGUGACGCUGAAUGAAUGUGGCAACGACAGACAUAUUACAAUCACUUUGCGGCCUCAUCUUCCAAUUAAUGAGCGGCCCUUCAAUUUUGAGAUUCAUCCAGAAAACAAUGAAUAUGUGAACGAAAUAUGCGUGCGUGGCGAAAUAUCAAACGAGGUUCAGAAUCCGCGUUGUGAAACUCAACUAAAGACAAGUAAUUCCUUUUAUAAGCCUCUGCAUAUAAAGUUAUUAGCAUCAUGCAAGCAAUUUGUUCAAAAUGCCAAUCAACCUGAUGUGGCAACCUUCAAAUUUCACCAGCCUAUUUACAGUGCAACAAAUAAUAAAUUUUGGAUCAGUUACCAGUUUCCUACUAUUACGGUCACUGUAAAUCGGGCCAAAGACAAACAAACUUGUUACUCCGUAACAGAUCCUCAUUUUUUAACAUUUGACAAAAGACGGUAUGACUUCAUGGGAAUAGGAACCUUUAUCCUCUAUCGAAACAAAGCAUCAGACACCCAGGUUCAAACAAGACAGAAAAGCUGUGGAGGUGGAUUUGCAAGUUGUAAUUGUGCUGUUGCUAUUAAAGAGGGAUUUUUUUUUCAAAUUUUUGACAUGUGUCAAGCUGGCGAACCGUCAAAAGGGAAAACUCCCUGGUGGCAAAAUCCUCAAAAUUUAAUCACCAAGUCACGUCAGAUGGCAAAUUCUCUCAAAGACGGGUUUAGCACAACGAAAACCGCAGUUGGGAACCAAAUGCAUUACAAAACCACUCUACCCUCUGGUGUCGUUGUAACUGUCGAGAGAAGGUAUUGGGGACUGAGCACGUAUGUUAAAGCUCCAAGACCGGUUAAUGACGAACAACACAAUAUAGAUGGCUUGUGUGGGAAUUUUAAUGGAAACCCCAACGACGAUUUUGGGGGGAAAUCUGUAAACGAAUUUGGUAAUUCGAACAGGAUUGAUGACAAGGAUAGCAUAUUUCAAUAUGCCGGUGAUAUUGAAGGUGAAGAUGGAAUACACAAUGAAUGUCUGGAUGAAGAUAUAUGUAUCUGCGGGAGGGAAAAGAGCUUUUGUGGUGAUAAGGCUGCCAAGAAAUGUUUCCCUGAUGUAUUUACAGACGACAAUGGUAAUGGUCUAAGUCAGUCGACUGAGGGAUUGUGUGGGAAAGAACCGCCAAAUAAUACCCGAAGAAGAAAACGUGCUUUAUUUUCACCCGAUGACACUGUUGACGAUCAGGAUGAUAUACCGUCAUUUAAUCCGCCAAAUAUAACAAUAACUUCUCCGACAUGGCCCACGCCAAAUGGCCUCACAGAGGCAGAAGUAACCAACAUUUGCAACGAAAAAAUAAGAAACUCGAAAGGCGGGCAAAGUUGCGGGACUGUAACCGGAGUAAACCUAGACAGCGUUGUUGAAAGUUGCAUUUCGGAUAUUAAGGCGACUGAUGAUAUUUCUUGGGCAACGGACAACUUUGCAGCGAUGGAAACCAGCUGUAAAAAGAACAUUUUGACAAAUUCCUCAUAUUACAAAAACAACACCGAUGGUGAAUUUGAAGUUGCAACAGAUAUUUUUGAAUAUCUAUGUCCGAGUGAUUGUUCAAAUCAUGGGAAUUGUUCUAACGCAACGUGCAUAUGCGAUAAAGAUUAUACUGCUCCUGACUGUUCCGUAUCUUUAAAAGACAGGCCUUUUGUCUUUGAUAUUCGAAAGGCUGGAUUGUGUGAUGUGAGGAAACGACCUUGUCGAAAUGUUGGAAUUUAUGCAUUCCCACUGGUAGCAUCAGAAAAUCUGACCUGUCAUCUUAAGGAAUACAAGGUGAUUGACUCAGCAUGGACACCAAGCAAUGCUACCAUGAUUUCUCCUGGUUUACAAGUGGACUUUGCGGAAGUAAAAUGCUCACUCCCUGAGUCACCAGUCAAUCUCGGUGACUAUGACAAUGUGGGGGUUACAGCUGCUGGAUUAAGGAUCGGGAUUUCCAAUAAUCGGAUCAACAUCUCAGAAAAUUCAAUGCUAUUUAUCACGUAUGACUCUGUGUGUCAAGACUGUAAUACUAGUACUGGAUGUGAGUUUAAGAAUAAUUCCUGCCUAAUUUUUGGACAUUGUUUUGCACAAAACGAAAGCCAUCCUACUGACUGGUGUCAACAAUGUCUACCGAAUAUUUCAACAACAUCAUGGCAGGAACGACGAGAUAACCUGCGACCUAACUUUACAAAUCCAGCUGUCUUUUCAUGCAUUUCAAGGGAACAACUUCGGGUACAACUGAACGCAGUAGAUCCUGAAAAUAGGAAAUCCAUUACAAAUUUGCGCAGGAUGAAAUAUUUGGCGCACUCUUACAGAAAAUGGCUUAUUUACUUGGACGAAAAACACAACUGA